AUGUCGUCUCUCGCCCGAGGAAGAUUUAUCCUCCGGUCACCCUGUCGGCCUCAAUACAAUGCAUUUCUUCUCCGCCAAUCCCACAAACUCUUCUCAACAACCUCCGGAUCCCUACAAUCGCAACCUUCAAACGAUAAGAAUGCCCCCAACAUAGUAGUCGCACCAGAAGCGCACGAGAUCAACGCACCAUUAAGCACCCUCCCCGCCGAUCUAUCUCUCCCAGAAACCCUCCCUCCAACCGCUGCAAUCCCCGCCAAACUACAACGCUUCAUCGCCCUCGGCCGUGCAUACCUCACAUUCUACAAGACAGGCUUGAAGAACGUCUACCGGAACUACCGUGCUUCGCUCCCAUUAAGAAAAGAAUUAGGUCUACCAGCGUAUCUCCCCAUUUCGCCACCGCGCAAAGUCUCGAAUCCCAUUGCAUCUGAAAAGGCAUCGAAUGUUGGGCCUGCGUCUUCGAAGAAUACAUAUGAUAUACGCAAUCUGGGGCUAGGGAGAGGCCAGUUCCAGCUUGUGAGGCGCUCGGCGAGGGAUGUUAGGCGUAUGAUUCCGUUUACAUUGAUCUUGAUCAUCUGCGGCGAGUUCACGCCGCUGGUUAUUCCUAUCUUUGGGUCGGCGAUUACGCCGGCUACGUGUCGGGUUCCGGGGCAGAUUGCGAAGGAACGUGAGACCGCUUCGAAGCGGAAGGCAUUGGCGUUGCAGGCGUGGAUAGAUGCGAACCCGGAAUCGGGGUUGGGUGCUAUGCCGGAGUCGACAAGUGACGAGUCAUUCAAGCUCUUGAUACAGUUGGCCAAUCCGGCUUGGGUUGGAACUGCUAAACCCGCGUCUGUGUUGCAGGCAUGUGCGGUCUUUGGACUUGUUAAGAAGCAUGACCGGUUCGCUGGGACUGCGCUGACCGGCUUGAUUUAUCGACGUCGUUUGUCGCAGUACCUGGAGUAUCUUGCUAUCGAUGAUGCAAUGAUUCGCGGGGGUGGAGGAAUUGAGAAGCUGAGCUACGCUGAGGUGCGGAUUGCGUUGGAUGAACGUGGUGCCGGAGAGGUGGGCGAUGCUAUUCGUCGCGAUUGUUCAGUGGAAGAAGUUGAAUCUUUCGAGAGAAACUGGUUGAGUAAAUGGUUGACGUCGAGGGAGACCUAA